UUUGACAUUUUUUGGUAAAUUUUUUUUCUGCCGACCGUCGUAUAUGUACCGCCUUAUAUUUAGAAGGGAAAAAAAGAAUUGUGUUAAUUUCUAAAUGCCUUUAAAAAAAACAAUAAAUUUGUGUUUAUAAAAUGAACUAGGAGUAAAAAUCAGUCAGUUUACAUAAUUCAUCUCUUUACAAUAUAUAUAUAGUUAUAUGAAUUGAAUGUUUUCUCUCCCCGAUUUAUCAACUCGAGUUUCCUAAUAACAUAUAAUGUCCAGAAAUUGCACUGUGAAUUUAUAAUCGACUCAUACUAAUUCUAUUUAAAAGUGUGACAUUCAUCAACGGAAAUUCCAACAGUUCGGUACUUAUUGUAAUUUAUCCAUUUGCGGUUAUGGAUAACUCGAAUGAUGGCAGUGACCCUUCCGAUGGAAGUGACCCACUGGUUUCUCCUGAUCAUGUUCACAAAUUGAAUCUUAUUCAAGCUUUUCUUAAACAUUAUUCUGACAAGGGAACAGAGAGUGGAGAAACGUCAAUGCAUACAGCCGAAGAACAGGAGGAAAUGGUUCUGUUGACUGCGAAACGAGAUAGAGGUGGAAACAGUCUUCUGCACCUUGCGAUAAAGGAAAACCAGACGGAGGUGUUCAAUCAAAUUGUCGGAGAAUGCAAUGUAGACGCGGAAAAUAACAGGGGUGAACGGCCACUCCAUUUUGCUGUAGCGGAUAGUAGAAUUGAAUUUGCGUUAGCUCUUAUCGAAAAUGGUGCCACGGUUAACGUAGAAGACAAUGAGGGAAAAACACCUCUUCACCUGGCUCUGACAAAUCAAAACGUUCUGUUAGCAGAAAUUCUGUUUGAUAGUCACGCAGUCAUGAGUAAAGAAUAUUUAAACAAAUUUAAACCUCUAUAUUGUGCUGCUCAAAGCGGGAAUUUGGAAAUCGUUAAAUUGCUUAUGACGAACGGGUGUAAAACAGUCGAUAGUUACGGAGGAAUCCACGAUUGUCCUCUUAAAGCUGCAGUAAAUCAAGGUCAUUUAGAAGUUGUAAAGUAUCUGAUGAAGAAAGGCGAUAAACAUGUUAAAACCAUCACUGAAGAUCGUUGUGAAAUACUUAUAUACUGUGUGAAACCAGACCGAGCCGACAUUUUAAAAUAUUUAGUCGACGUGGGUAUGAAAACAGAUCAAAAUUAUUUACCUAUGGCUUUAGUUUGGAAGUGCUAUAACGUUUGGAAAUAUUUAUUGAGGUCUACUUCUAAAAUGAAUGCAAGUACAUGUUGUCAAGAAACAGAGCUUCAUUCGGCGAUACGUGCAGGACAAGUGGAAACUGUUAAAAUAAUCAUAAACAAUCCAGCAAACUAUUACAGACCUGACUCUCUGACAAGCCAAUUAGCCGUUCACAUUGCCGUUGAAAAUGGCGAUGAAGAUAUACUAGAAGUUCUCUUAAAUAGAGGCUUUCCUUCUAGAGGUUGUUUUGAAGAAAUAAAACCUCUUCACGUUGCUGCAACAUUCGACAACACGAGAUUAGUAGAACUACUCUUGAAAGCUGGAGCUGACAUUAAUUCAACAGUUCAAGAAAAAAUCACCCCAUUAUAUUACGCAGCAGGGGCAAUACAGCCGAAUGUUGUUAAAUUUCUAUUAGAAAAAGGUGCUGAUCCUUCUAAAAGGUGUUGUUAUGGUUCCUCACCAUUAGAAUUUGCAUUAGAUAUGCUUACCGGACGAUUUGGAAAUGGUCCAACCAUUACUACUGUAACGUAUGAAAAAUUUUUAAAAGUUAUGGAAUUACUUAUCCCAAAAGUAAAAGUAAAACCAGAUUACUGGCAUUACGCAAUCAAAAUGAAGGUUUCGAGAGACAAAAGUGAUUUAAAUUCGUAUGGACAGACAUCGAAAGAAGCGAGCAAAUCAGAGCAAGAUGGCAGUAAUUUACAAUUUCAACUUGCAAUGAUUAAAGUCAUAUUUAAUUACCUAAAAGAAGAUCAAGUGGAAAGUUUAUCCCUAUCCGCCUUGAAUGGAAAGGAGGAUAAAUCAAUUGACUCUCCUGAACUCUUGCAAAUUGUAAUGGAAUACAAUGAUUUUAAAUCUUGUUCUGAUAUCGAAAUACGACUUUGGAAAAAUUCCUAUGAGUGUAAUUUGCUUUUAAUUAGUUACGCCGACAGUGUUAAAAAUCUCACAAAUAUAGAUGUUGAAUUUAAGAACGAUGCAUCUUUUCAACUGCACGGAAAAGAUAAGACCGUCUUCUUGAAAUUAAUAGUUGCGCGUCUGGUACUGAUAAUCGAUAAAUAUAAUUCGAGAGUGUCGAAAUUUUGUAGGAAACACAAUUUAAACGAUUGGAGAAAGGAAUGCGGAAAGCAAAAAGUUAGCUUGCAAAAUACAAAGGUUGAUGAGAAUUUAAAUAUCACUUUCUACAAUGUAUUAACUUCACCAGUCAGCAAAUUCGCAAAAUACACGGGGAAUGAGAAUUUUCUUCAAAGCAUCGCGUCUUCCUACACAAAGUUUCCAGCGUAUGCUGAAUUUUUGAAAGUCAGUAUCGACAAAGGAAAAAUAAGGAAUGAUUUAAUGGACGAUUGUGUGAAUCAUAUGUUCCAUCUGGUUGCCAGAAAUGGCAAAAUUCAAAUUUCAAAAUCCGAUAUCGACCAAAUUUUUCAGUAUCUUUCGGUAUUUGAUUUACGAAGAUUUUCAGCAGCGUACACAAAAAAUUUUUUCAGAUUAUAUUACAAUUUUUGUUUCAGAACUAUUAAUGGAAGGAUCAUGGACACGUCAAGUGACUAUAAUGACUCUUCGUGCUACAAUUCACUAUUUCUUGCCAUUCAUGAUGGUAAAUUAAAUAUUGCUCGCAAUUUACUGGCAGAAAGUUCUGCGACGCAAACAAUUUGUGGGAGAACAUUGAUGCACGUAGCGGCAGCCAGAGGACACGAAGAAAUUGUUCGACUUUUCACAAAACGCGAUGCAGACGGCAACACUCCUCUGCAUCUUGCAGUGAGGGAAAACCAUGCUGCAGUAUUCGAUUUGCUAGUCGAAGAAUUUAAUGUCAACUCGAGAAAUUACAGGGACGAAACGCCACUGCAUCACGCUGCAGCGAAUGAUCGCUUUGAGUUCGCAAAGUCUCUUCUGGAAAACGGCGCGAUUGUUAAUGUCAAAGAUGGUAAAGGACGAACGCCUCUUUAUCUUGCUAUAUCGAAACAAAACGUUCAGUUGGCAAAACUUCUGUUUAAAAAUGGCUCUUUUCUGAGUGAAGAAUGUUGUAACGAACUUCAACGCCAUUCCACAGUCGAUUUUAAAAUAUUUGAAGCAUUCAAAAAGCAACAGACAAAAAAAUGGGACGAAUUCAGUACUGUAACCAACGAAAACUGUCCUCUUGUAUCAGCUGUGUCAUUUGGUCAUUUAGAAGUUGUAAAAUAUCUGAUGAAAAAUGGAUUUAAAAACAGUAAAAUAAUAGAGAAGGAUGGGAAGCUUCUUUUAGAAACGUGUUUAAAGUAUAAAUAUUUAGAUAUUUUGAAAUAUUUAAUUGAUGCUGGUGUGAAAGCGAAAGAAAAUUUGUUAGAUUGCGCUAUGCGUUGGAGAAAGUAUGACAUUUGGAAAUACUUAUUAACGUCUAAUUCUAAAGCGAAUGCAGAUACCUCUUCACAUGAGUCAGAACUUCAUUCGGCCAUACGCGCAGGACAAGUGGAACUCGUCAAAGCAAUUGUAAGUAAUCCAGAAGACGAAUGCGAACCUACUUCUGAAGCUGACAAAUUAGCCGUUCACAUUGCGGUUGAAAAUGGCGACGAAGAUAUGCUGGCAAUUCUUCUAAGUGAGGGCUUUUCAUUCGAGGGUUGCCUUGAAUUUGAAGGUAUAAAACCUCUUCACGUUGCUGCAACAUUUGAGAAUACGAGAUUAACGGAAUUAUUAUUGAAAGCCGGAGCUGACAUUAAUUCAAAAUCUGUUGGAAAUUACACCCCAUUACAUUUUGCAGCAUAUGCAUUACAACCAACUGCUGUCAAAUUUCUGUUAGAAAAGGGUGCUGAUCCUCACAUUAAACUGAGCGAUUACAGUAAUGGGACACCUUUAUUAAAGGCUUUAGAAAUGUUUUGUCCUUCAUUACAUCCUGUGACCGUUACUGCUUCAAUGUUUAAAAAUUUGGUGAAAAUUACAGAAUUGUUAACUCCAAGAGUGAUGAAAAAAAUCGAUCAGGAAUUACUGACAACUGCAUGUCGUAUAAGAAUGACAAUUAAUGACAAUGAAUUUGACACGAACGCCAGCAAUUCAGAAUUUCGUCCCGAUAUUCUAAGAUGUAUAUUUAGUUACUUAUCUGAUAAUGAAAUCAAGAAUCUUUCAAGAUUUGCCUUGAAUGCAUAUCGAUUAACGUCCUCACCAGAAUGUUUAUACUCACUGAUUGAAUAUGACGAUUCGAGAUCAUGUGGAUUUGUUGAAGCACGUGGUUUUGACAAUUCGGAGUGCGAAUCGCUUAUAAUUGGUUACACGAAAAACAUUAAGUCUCUCAGGAAUAUUGAACCCAAAAUUACCUACGAUUCAGAUUAUGCUCAAGUGAAAGUAGAUGAGAAAAAUUUGUUGAAGUUGGUAGUGGCGCGUUUAGUGUUGUUAACCGACAGUUAUUAUCUAAGAAAGUUAAAGAAUUGGCCAAGAUACAAUAUUAGGAGUUGGAAAAUGAAGUGUAUAGAGCAAAAAGUCAGCAUGAAGGAAACAAAGGUUCACGAGGGUUUAAAUAUCACUUUCUACGAUAUAUUGACUACAUCAGUCAACAAGCUUGCAAAGUACACGAGGAACGAGAAUUUUCUUCAAAGCCUAGAAUCUUCCUACAGCGAUUUUCCGGCGUAUGCUGUAUUUUUGAAAGUCAGAAUUGAAAUGGCAAGAAGGAGAAAUGAUUUAGUGGACGAGUGUGUGAAUCUUAUGUACAAUCUGAUUGGAAGAAAUUACAAAAUUCGAAUUUCAAUCUCCGAUAUGGAUCACAUUUUUCAAUAUCUUUCAGCAGUUGAUUUGAGAAGAUUUUCAGCGGCCUGUUCUUAAAGUGUAUUUUCAGUGUUAAGAGAAAAUUAGCUUUUGCGUUUUAAGUGUUUUCAUUUUCUAAACAUUAAAUUAAAUAUAAUAAUUGGAAAUUCUCUAAACAUUCUGAAAAAUGUAUUCUAUAUUUUAAGUCUCGUCUGCAAUGUUAAUCUUUAUUAUUACUAUCGUCUCCGUCGAAUGAAGCGCUUCCCUCAGAAGAAUUUUCUUAUUAAAUAUAUUUUAAAAUUCGA